AAGAUGGUCUCAUCCGGAUACGCCAACCUGAGUCUUUGCUCUCAAAAUACUCUGUCGGGGACCGGAGCGAAGCACUGGAAGCAACUAGUCAUGUCGUAGAUUUGUCGAUCCAAGUGGAAAUCCGGGGCAUUAGUUUGACCAGGAACGGACAUUGGGCCGGAUGAUGCCCUUUUGGGUCUCUGAUGUCUCUUGUUUGUUGCCUUUAAUAUCACUUACACUACUGCAUCUACCGUCUGGUCCAGCCGAACAGCCAGUAGCUCGACGUUGGGACCCCAUUGCCCAGGCGCGCAUAACAAGCUGGUCGGGCCCUUGGCAUCUGGAGGAUGGAUGCUGGAUGCAGCCCUGUCCCUGUCGAUCUCUGGCCCCUCGACAACCUCGACAAAACAAAAGAUAUGUCCAAUGCCAUGUUUGUCCCGAGUCGGAGUAUCUCCUUCUCCUCCUUUUCUCUAAUAAACGCCUUGGAAACACCGACGGUCGUCACAUCUAGACAAGGACAGCAGCCACAUAUCAUGUCGCCCAUCACCACCACUCCACUCUCUCCGCCCCCCAGGCCGUCCUCAUCCCGCAGCGUCGCCAACAGCAUCAGCGGCAGCACCUUGUGCGACUAUCCCAUCACGACCGGCGGCAACAUUAGUGCGUUUGGAUCGAGGAAUGGGAACUGGCCCGCACUGCUACUAGGCGAUCUUCACUUCACCGCCGCCGAAACGAACCUUGUUGUGGAUGCGCAUGCCACCUCGCAUAGUAGCUCCGCCAACGCCAACGGCGGUGCCACUUCUUAUCCUUCCACCUACACCGAGCGGGGUUAUAGUGACCGUGACCGCGUCGAUCGUCUCAAUAACUACUUCCGGCCUUUAACCUCGACCGACACCAACGUCAGCAACGGCACCACCAGCACCAGCAGCAUCAACUAUUCCAGCAACAACAGCAACUCAUACAGUAACCCGGGCACCUUUGCCACAACCCGCACCCGAAGCCAGACCUCUACCAGCUCUGCAUCCACCGGCCGUUCCAGAGCCAGCACUAACCGCCGUUACCUGGCCGGCGGCACUAACUCCAGCUCCAGCUCCAGCAACCAGGCUUCCUCCUCCUCCUCCGUCAAUUCCCCGUCGACCGGUCAGAAUCACAACCAAAACAGCCACCCCCGGGGCAUCUCCCCUAACGGCCUCGGCAUCGGCCGCUACGGUCCCGGCACCACUGCUCACAACGUCUCUGCCGCCACUACCACCACCACCUGCACCUCGUCCCCCAUCUCCCGCACCUCCUCCCCCACCACCCAGCGCAGCGGCGGAGGCCACAAGCGGCAACACAGCAUGGUCACCCACGAGCAGAUCCAGACCUCCAACGCGCAAAUCGUAUCGUCUUUGCCGUCCGGGUUAGUAGCCGUGUUUGUGGGCGCCACCAGGGGUAUCGGCGAAGCGACUUUGAAGCAGUUUGUACGGCACGCGGUGGCGCCGAGAGUGUACUUCGUGGGGAGAGACAGGACGAAUGGAGAGCGGGUGGGCGCGGAACUGGCGAAUCUCAACCCGGAGGGAGAGUAUCAUUUUCGAAGCGCGGAUGUGAGCCUGUUGGCGAACGUGGAUGAGGUAUGUAGGGAGAUCAAGUGUAAAGAGAGAGUGAUCAACUUGCUGUUUCUGAGUUGUGGGACAACAAUUAUGGGGAUAGACACCAAAGAAUCCCUCCACUACCCCGCCGCCGUCUCAUUCUACGCCCGCGUCCGCUUCAUUGUCAACCUUCUCCCCGAACUCCAAAAAGCGACAUCCCUCCGGCGCGUCGUCUCCGUUCUCAACGGCACCAAAGAAGGGCACAUCGACACGGGCGACUUCCAGUUUCGGCGUCUCGCCAUGCUUCAAGCCCGCGGGCACUCGGCCUCCAUGAUGACUCUGGCGUUCGAGUCCUUGGCGCUCGAAGCCCCCGACGUCUCCUUCGUCCAUACCUUUCCCGGACUUGUGAGGACGAAGCUGGGACAGGACACCAACCGGGCGGCCAUUACGGUUCUGCGGGGGGUGUUUAAAGUGAUUGGGCCGCUGUGUACGAUCCCAGUGGCGGAGGCGGGCGAGAGGCAGUUGUUUAUGGCUACGUCUGCCAAAUUUCCGGCGAGAGAGGGGAGGGACAUUGAGGAGACUUCUGGGGUUGGUCUUGGGUUGGGAGUGGUAGGCGGGACCAACGGCAACGGCAGCAACAGCAAUGGCAGCGGCAGCAACAGACCAUCUAUCGAAAUUCGCAACACCCAAUCUGGCUCGGUACUUUCUGCCGCAGGCGGCAGCACCGCAACCGACAACAAAAAGGGUCAUCGAAGAAAGGACUCGCACUCGUCGCACUCUACCAGCUCAUCCUCAAUGUCGAUGAGCCUGAGAGUGGCCAGGGGAACAGAUGGCAAAGAAGGCAGUGGGGUCUACUCGGUUAGUAACGAUGGGGAAGGGUUGAGCGCCAAGACGGAGGAGGCGUUGAGGGUGAUGAGGGAGGAGCAGGAUAUGGUGAGGAAGGUGUGGUUGCAUGUUGAGGACGAGUUUGUGAGGAUUACCGGGUGUGCUUUUGUGGCAUAAAGUAGAGGUGUAAGGAAGGGGAAGUGUGUACUUUCUCUUUUUCUUUAUGAUUUGGUUCCUUUUCAUGGCGUUUUCGGGUAUGUCUUUUCCCCUUUCGUUUGGUCCGUCGGAAUCGAUGUCUCCCUGCUGUGUCCCCAACCUUGCGACGCAGACUGGGGACGGAGACUUUCAAAUUUGGAUACCACAGGUGCUGGCUGGGAUGCCGGCACCAAUAGCAGGAUGUUUGUCCUUUAUCGCUUAUCUAAUGUAGACAUGAACAACCUCCCUCCUCCAUGUACC